AUGGCAGAGCGCGAACCGCCGGCGCCCGCGGGCGCCAACGGGCUCACGGGCCGGCUCACGGAAGCGCAGAUCGAAUCACCCCCAGAACUUGAGGACACACCCGAACAGGAUCCGGAUACGUAUUGCGGUUUCGGUGGCUGGAGACCAGCAUGGUUGCAGCGGCUAGCCAGCAAGAAGGUGUAUGUGCUACUUCACGGACUAAUAGGAUUUCAUCAAUUCGCCACAGGAUCCUAUUUUGUUGCCACAAUCAGCACAAUGGAAAAACGUUUUAAAAUUCCUAGCAAAACGACAGGAAUAAUUUCUUCAGCGUGGGACAUCGGUUCAUGCGGUUCGGUUUUGAUAAUGGGAUAUUUGGGCAGGACCGGGCACAAGCCGCGCUUCGUGGCUGUGGGGAUGCUGCUCAUGUCCGUCGCCUGCUUCGGCCGGUUGUUGCCCCAUCUGCUGUAUGGGCCAGGUCAGGACGCAUUGGAACUCACCAAGGAGUAUGGAGAUCAAGGCGCCAUCGUGCUAGGGAAUAGUUCAACAGGUAGCGCUGGUGAUGAUAGGGGAUCUCUGUGCGGCGGAGGCGGAUCGCGGGACGAGGACGACUGCUCGGACGGGGGCUCCCUCGGCCCACCCUCCAUCAUCCUCUUCGUGUCCAGCAUCCUUCUGGGCAUCGGCUCGUCCAUGUACUGGACGCUGGGCGUAGCGUAUCUGGACGACAAUACGCACAAAGACAAGGCGCCUCUUACCCUCGCGGCGACUUCUUGCAUCCGCAUGCUGGGCCCCACCAUCGGCUUCUCCCUGGCGUCGUACGCGCUGUCGCAGUAUGUGGACCUGGACGUGACGCCGCUCAUAGACCAAGACGACCCGCGCUGGAUCGGCGCCUGGUGGAUUGGCUACGGCCCGAGCGUGGCGCUGGGACUGGUGCUGGCUGCGUUCAUGAUGCUCUUCCCGCGCCAGCUUCCUCGCGCCGCCGAGCGCCGCGCUAGGCGCGCUCUCCUCCACUCCACGCCGCCUCCGCAGAAGCAAAAGAAGAGCAUCGAAGAUUUUGUUGUAGCACUAAGAAGAAUACUUCGGAGCAGAGUGUUACUCUUCAACACCCUCAGUGGAGUGUGUUUUAUGUUCGGUCUUAUCGGUUACUGGACAUUUAUGCCCAAAUAUAUGGAGACACAAUACAGACAGUCAGCGUCACGUGCUAGUUUAAUUUCAGGUUCGGUGGGGCUGGUGUUCUCGGGCCUGGGCAUCGCGUCCUCC